AUCACCCCUAACCUUCAAGAAUGUCUAAACCGCCAAAACGUAAAUACGUUUCCAUCGAAGUCGCUCAAAAACUCAAAGCCCUUGAAGAUUUAAAAAAUGGAAUUCCUGUCACCACAAUAGCCCAGGUCCUUGGUGUAUCUGCAAAAACAGUCAACUCGUGGGAAAAGAACAGAGAAAAAUUCCAAGAUUGGGAGAAAGUGUUUACUGGAAAUCUUCCCACUAAAGUGAAACGGCUGAAGAAACCUGAAAAUUACAAAGUGGAUCAAGCGACUUGGAUAUGGUACAAGGAGAGGAAAUCUGCAGGUCUACCCCUGGACUCGUCAACAAUAAGAACGCAAGCUCGAUGGUUUUGGAAUACCCUAGGGGGGAGCCCAGGAUUUGAUGCUAGUGCUGGCUGGUUGGCUCGUUGGAAGAUACGACAUGGCCUUCAACCCUGUUCCUCCACUACAUCAUCCAAUCCAUCGAGUAAAAAAGCUCCAGACGACGAUCAUCUCCAAGAAUCAACACAAGUUUUCAAAGAAAUAUUGGAAGGAAUCAUUGCGACAGAGAAUCUCAGUCCUCACCAGAUCUUCAAUUGUGACAAAAUUAGCUUCAAUUAUAAACAAUUACCAAAAAACGCCCUGAGCCAGCUGAAUGAUUCCUCGUUCAAGGUUCAUUGGGAACGAAUGACUGUGAUGGCUUGCAGCAAUGCCUCUGGGAGUUUCAAGCUUCCUCUAAUGAUCAUUGGAAAUGCUAAGGAUCCCAUACCUUUGAGGGGAAUUAGACACAUUCCUGUCUCCUACAAAAGCCAGAGAACGUCCAGCUUGACGAGUAAUAUUUUUCUCCAGUGGUUUAAGGAAGAGUUUGAGCCAUUAGUGAAGUUUUAUCUGAUCCAGGCUGGAUUGCCCAUGAAGGCUGUUUUAACUAUGAACGAUUGUGGAGGUCAUACGAAUAAUUUGGAGAGUGACUUUAUAAGGGUUGAAGCCCUGGAGGAGGAUUUCGCUGGGGUUAGGCAGCCAUUGGGACAUGGGUGUCUUCAAGAGUUGAAGAUGAGGUAUAGGAGGAAACUGAUGGCACAUGUCGUUGGGCAUUUCAAUACUGGAGCUGUUUUGCUGGAGGCGGUGGAUAAUGUGACGUUGAGAGAGGUUGUAUUCUGGAUGCGAGACAGUUGGAGGGAAUUGGCAUCUUCGACCAUUGUCAAGUGUUGGGAAAAGUUAUGGCCAGGAAUCUCCAAGUGUCCAGGAGUCAUAGGAGACUUGAGCAAGUAUACUGAAAAUGUUGAUUGCGAUGAUAAGAAAUUCCAUGAAGUAUAUGUUAACGAAGUAGAUCUCGUGAAAGAUCAAUUUUUGUUUGCACUGCAAAAAGUCAAUGAUGAAAUUGAAAUAGCUGAUGUCGAUCAGUGGUUGAAUCCUAAUUUACAUUUAUCAGAGGACGAAUGCCUGUCAGACAAUGAUAUUGUUGUGCUAGUUAACGAUCAAGAGGCUGAAAAAAAUAACCCACAACCUGAACUCCCCGAGGUUACUUUGCCAGAGGCAAUGUCGAGUCUUGAUAAAGUUAUUAGACAUUGUGAAAAAGGUAACUCUUACAGACCAGAUCAUGUCGCGGUUUUGCGUGAAAUUCAAGAGGCGAUGAAACUCAAAGAGAAGCAAUCAAUUCAGCCAAUCUCACAGAAUCGGCCCAAUUUUGAGAAUAGCGGGGGUUCAGAUCUUAUUCAAAGUUACUUAGCUGCCUUCCACGAAAGUUGAAUUUGCAUUUUGGUCAGGUCAGACGUAAAUGACCGGUUCCUGACCGUUUGCUCACCCUAACCGAAUUUUGACAUGAGCCAAAAUGACAAAAAAUCAUCUAUACAGUUGCAAAUCGACUGUGAUUUUUAUUUCAGCAAUUUUUUAGGUCAUUUUUUAAGGCUUCAAUCCAAAAUAUUUUUGGUAGAAUUGACUUGCUAUCGUUUAUUAUUAUCAAUGGACAUCAUUUUGUUCCUGACCAUCUGGUCAGAUUCUCGGCGCGGUAAUUACCGCACAUGACGGUGGCCAUUGAUGGUCAUUUUUGUCACUCACAUCAUCACAAAAAUCAUCUUUACCUUUGUCAUUGCAAUAUUUAUUUGCAAUUUUGUAACCAUCUAGUAACGAUCCGAAAAUACGUCGGAAAAUUUUGUUUCAUUUCUUUUGCGAAUAUCCCUAAAAGUAAUAGGUAUAUGUGUAGAUGUAUGUGAAUAAUGUACAUAUUCAUAGCUUUACGGAUGAAUAAAUGCAGGUUCCGAAGGGAAGCUGAAAUGUUUCCAUAUAGAAA